GCUUGUCUGAGAGCAGGCGGCAAAGGGAGCUCUCUUCUACCUUUUAACAUUGAAAAUAGAUUUUAUGACUUUGUGUUUGGGGUAUGUCACGUUCUCGGGAUGCGGUUACGUGUGAGCUGGAAGACAAAGGAGGAGGGAGGAGGGGAAACGGGCUAGAUAGGCCUGCAGGGAGAAGUUCAGGAAGGGCCGCCGCCGCCGCCGCUUCCCGUAGGAAUGCCUUGCCCGCACGGGCAUCUAGGCCACGGCGCCGGCCCCAGGAGCUGCACGGAUGCCGUGGCUUCUUACAGCUUCAGAAGGACCCACCCAGGAUAAAUAGCUGUGUGAAGAGUGGUGAGCAUGUCCUGGAGGAGUUGGAAACAGAAGGCGAGAGGCAGCUGAAAAGCCUCCUUCAGCAUCAACUUGAUACCUCUGUCUCCAUUGAGGAAUGUGUGUCUAAGAAAGAGAGCUUUGCUCCCGGUACUAUGUACAAGCCCUUUGGGAAGGAAGCAGCUGGGACCAUGACUUUGUCCCAGUUCCAGACACUGCAUGAGAAGGACCAGGAAACUGCUUCUCUUCGGGAGCUAGGGCUCAAUGAAACAGAAAUCUUGAUCUGGAAGAGCCACGUUUCAGGUGAAAAGAAGACAAGACUGAGGGCAACACCUGAAGCAAUACAGAACCGUCUUCAAGAUAUUGAAGAAAGGAUCUCGGAGCGUCAGCGCAUCCUUUGCCUGCCACAGAGAUUUGCCAAGAGCAAACAACUGACCCGGCGUGAAAUGGAAAUAGAAAACUCUUUAUUCCAGGGAGCUGAUCGGCACUCCUUCCUCAAGGCUCUUUAUUACCAAGCAUACCACAAAAAGACAAGUGCAGACAAGUACAUGACCUCAAUGAAGAGGAAGAUAAAAUUAGGCACAAAAGAUGAACCCCAAAAGAAGAACAAAGGUGAUCCCAUGAACAACCUGGAAAGUUUUUACCAAGAGAUGAUAAUGAAAAAACGUCUUGAAGAGUUCCAACUUAUGAGAGGUGAACCCUUUGCUUCCCACUCACUGGUCUCAGCUACAUCAGUGGGAGAUAGUGGCACAGCUGAGAACCCGUCAUUACUCCAGGACAAGGGAAAACAGGCAGCACAGGGUAAAGGUCCCAGUCUCCAUGUGGCAAAAGUUUUUGAUAAUUCACCUGAGCAGUGUUGGACUGGGCCUAAGAAGCUGACGCAGCCAAUAGAAUUUGUCCCAGAAGAUGAGAUCCAGAGAAAUCGUUUGUCAGAGGAAGAGAUCCGAAAAAUUCCUAUGUUUUCUUCAUAUAAUCCAGGGGAGCCAAACAAGGUGUUAUACCUGAAGAACCUUAGCCCUCGGGUGACCGAAAGAGACCUUGUCUCAUUGUUCGCUCGGUUCCAGAAGAAAAAAGGACCACCAAUUCAAUUCCGAAUGAUGACUGGACGAAUGAGGGGGCAAGCUUUUAUCACCUUUCCCAAUAAGGAGCUAGCACAGCAAGCAUUGCAUCUAGUAAAUGGAUAUAAACUACGUGGGAAAAUAUUGGUGAUAGAAUUUGGAAAGAACAAAAAACAACGGUCAGAUCUCCAGGCUGCUUCUCUCAUAUCAUCUGCUACAGAUAACACUACAGAAAUCAGUGGUAGCUAAAAGAUAUAUAGAUGGUGAGUCCCAGGAGGUCUUUCUUGCAUCAGAAUCUUGGAUCUGGGAUUUGUGUAUAGAUAGCAAUUUGCUUGGAUUUGAAGAAGAGAAACUAACUGAGGGAGAGAAAAAUCUAAGAUAAUCCCCCUCUGUUUCAGAACAAAUUGGUAGGAAACAUUUUUUAUAAUCAAAGACUAUAUAGGACAGACAUAUGGCAAGUAUGAAGUGUAGGGUACAAAGAGUAUCAUUUUCUCAGGAUAAAUUACAAAAGAUUAUUUCCAAGGAUUUAAAAAAUCUUUAUAAUUCAUCUGGGGUCUUAAAUAUUUGUCCCUAAAUAUAACAUUCUUUCCAAGGUUGCCUCCUAUAUGAAGAACUAAAAAACUAAUUACAUGUUGAAAUAUUUAUUUACUAGAGCUCAUUUAUCCUUCUUUAUAUCCACCAGUAAAUAAAUGACCAAGACCCCAAGCAUAAACAUCAACAAAUGCUGUUGAGUAAGAACUGUCAGCAGUGACAAUAGGUUGUUUCAUAAGUUAGUCCAUACAUUUAACGAAUGCUUCCCCAUGAAGUUAUCAGUGUCUUCAAAAAGCUAUAUAUUUUUCUAGUGAAAGCAUUUAGAUCAAAAUAUUAAUGUUCUCAUAGUCAUUAAGCUAGCUACCAUUGAGCAAUCAUUGAAUUCAAAGCAAUAAACAUUGAAUCAAUAUCUAAUGUAUGUUAUGUAUUAGGUGUAUGAAUUUUAGAAGAGGAACAUACUAGCAAACAGUACUAAAGAAGGGUGGGAAGAAAGUGUUCUCCAGAAGAGAGUCAGUCAUUCCUAAAUCCCUCAGUUAUUUGUAGUUGCUGGAGAAUAGAAAGAAUAUAUGAUAUAGAGGAAGUAGUACAAACUUUGGAAUUGGACUUGUGUUUGAACUUCACAGCCACACUUACCAUUUCAUGACCUUGGCAAGUCACUUAAUCUGAGCCUCAGUUUUCUCAUCUAUAAAAUGAGGAUAAUAAUACUACUUACCUCACUGGGUUGUAAGGAUUAAAUGAGAUGAUAUUAUUUUAGCUGAAGAACAGGAAGAAAAAAACUGAAGAAAAUUUAACAGAGAGUAAGACCAUUAAGCACCCCAACAUACUUUUAAUGAGAGGACAAGAAAAAGAGAAGAGGAAGAAAGAAGCAGAAAACAUAUUCCAAUAAAUAAUGGCUGUAAAUGUCUCAAAUUUGAUGAAGCAUCACCUAUACAUCCAAGAAUUUCAACAAACCCCAAGUAGGAUAAAGAAGAAAUCCACAGACCCAUCAUAACAAAAGUGCUAAAACUCAAAGACAAAGAGAAACUCUUGAAAGUAACAUGAGAAAAAUGAAGCAUCACUUACAAGAGAACCCCAAUCAGAUUAACUGCUAACUUCUCAUCAAAAACAAUGGAGAUGGCAACGGGAUAACAUAUUCAAAGUGCUCAAAGAAAACACCUGCCAAUAUAGAAUCCUAUAUCCAAUAAAGCUGUUUUUGAAAAUGAAGAUAAAAUAUAAGCCUUCCCACAUCAUCAAAAACUGUUGUUGCUGGCAGACCUGACUUAUAGGAAAUAGUAAAGGAAGUUCUUCAGGCAGAAAGCAGUGACUUUGGAUAAUAAUUUAAAUCUGUACAUAUAGAAAAAUAGCAUGGGUAAAGGUAAUUACAUAAUUAGGAAGGACAGUCAAUGCAUUUUUCCUUCUCUUAAUUGAUUUUUAAAACAGUUGUGUAAAGCAAUAUGUAUAUAGUUGCAUUAUUGGGUUUAUAACACAUAAAAAUGCAAUAUAUUUGCCAAUAACAGAACAUAGGGUAGAAGCAAAGCUGUAUUGGACUAUAGAAAUGACUCCAGAUGGUAACACCAGUCUACAGGAACAAGUGAAGAAAAGAAAUAGGAAAUAAGAAAGUUAAUAUAAAAAAAUGACAAAUAUAUAUUUUCUCUUCUUCCUUCUCUGAGCUUCUUUAAAAGACAUAAAAUUUCAUCAAAUAAUAAUUAUAACAGUGUAUUGUUGGAUUUAUAACAUAUAGAAGUAAUAUGUAUAACAAUAAUACCAUAAAGUGGGGAAAGGAAUAGAUUCAUGUAGGAAUAAGGUGUUUAUAUCUCAUUGGAAUUUAGUUUGUAUAUAUCUGAAGCCAACUGAGUUAAGAUUUGUAUGGUAAGCCCUAGAGCAACCACUAUGUAAAUAACUGAAAAUACUAUUAAAGAAACUUAAAUUAGAAAAUAUUCAAUGCCAAAGGAUAAAUAGAGAAACAAAGACAAACCUCAGAGACGUAUAAAAAGCAAACAGUAAAAUGGCAAUCUUAAGUCCACCUAUAUUAAUAAUAGCAAUAAAUAUGAAUGGAUUAAACAAUCCAAUUAAAGGCAGAGAUUGUCAGACUGGGAAAAACACACAAGAUUCACCUCUAUGCUAUUUGUUGGGGUUACACUUUGGAGAUACAAAUAGAUUGAAGGUUAAACAGAAUUAUCAGGCAAAUGCAACUAUAAGAAAGCUGGAGUGGCUAUACUAAUACCAGAUAAAAUAGACUUUAAAACAAAAAAUGUCAUUAGACACAAAGAGUGACAUCUUGUAGUGAUAAAAGAGUAGACCCAUCAGGAAGAGCAAAAUUAUAUAUGCACCUAAUAAUGGAGCACCAAAAUACAUGAAUCAAAAACUGAACUAAAUGAAGGGAGAAAUACACAAGUGUACAGUAAGAAUUGGGGUAUUUAGUACCCCAUUUUGAAAAAUAGAACAAUUAGAUAAUAAGCAAGGAAAUAGAAGACUCGAACAAUGCCAUAAUGAACUAGACCUUAAAGAGAUCUAUAAAACACUACCCAGCAAGAACAGAAUGCACAUUCUUCUCAAGGGCUUAUGAAAUAUCUUCAGGAUAGAUCAUAUCGUAGACCAUAAAACAAACCUCAGUAAAGUUAAGCAGACUGAAAUAAUGCAAAGUAUGUCUUCUGACUACAUGGAAUUGAGUUAGAAACCAAUAACAGAAAGUUGGGGAACUUGGAAAUAUGAAGUAGACACACUUUUAAAUGACCAAUGGGUCAAGUAAAAAAUCACAAGAGAAAUUAAGAAAUCCUUUGAGAUGAAUGAAAAUGAAGACACAACAUACCAAAAUGUGGGAUGCACCAAAAACAAUGAUUGGAGAGAAAUUUAUAAACACAAAUGCCUAUAUUUAACAAGAAAAAAUAUCACAUAUCAAUAACAUAUCAUUUUAUACCUUGAGACACUGCGAAAAGAGGAGCAAACUAAACUUAGAGCAAGCAAAAGGAACGAAUAAAAAAGAUUAGAUAAAUAAGUGACAGAGAAUAGAAAAACAUUAGAGAAAGUCAAUGAAACUAAUGGUUAGUUCCAGAAAAAGAUCAGCAAAAGUGACAAAAUUUUUGCUAGAUUGACCAGGGAAAAAAGAAGACUCAAAUUACUAGAAUCAGAAGUGAAGGAGAGAACAUUACUAUCAAUCUUCUAGAAAUAAAAAGUAUUAUGAAGGAACACUAUGAACAAUCAUAUACCAAUAAAUUAGAUAACUUAGAUGGAAUGGAAAAAUUCCUAGAAACACAAACUACUGAAACCAAUCAGAAACAAAAUCUGAAAAUGUCUGUAACAAGUAAAGAGGUUAAUUAAUAACUUAAAAAAAUACAAGGAAAACCCCAGGCUCAAAUGGCUUCUCAGAUAAAUUCUAGCAAACACUGAAGAAUUAAUACAAAUUCCUACAUACUCUUUCAAAAAGUAUAAGAGGAACAUUUCUAAUAUAUGCUAUAAACAUGGAAUAACCCUGAAAACAUGCUAAAUGAAAGAAGCCAGUCACAAAAGACUGUAUAAUUAUAUGAUUCCAUUUAUAUGAAGUGUCCAGAAUUUGUAAAUAUAUAGAGACAGAAAGUGGAUUAAUGGUUGCUCAGGGUUAAGGGUGAUAGCUGAAUUGUAUGAGGUUUCUUUAGAAGUUGGUUAAAUGUCCUAAAAUUGAUUGUCAUAAUAAUUGUACAACUCUAUGAAUAUACUAUAAGUAAUGAAUUGUAUGUAUGUGAAUUAUAUCUCAAAGUCACCAAAAAAAAGAAAUUGGAUAAAACCCAACAGUCCAUCAAUAGGAAAAUGAAUAAAUAAAUAAUGAUACAUUCAUUUAGUGGAAUACUGUACAUCCAUUAAAAUAAUGGGGUAUAUGUAUGAAUACAUUCUGAUCUGUUUGGUGUCCAGAAUUUUGUACUAAUUUAAAAAGCAAGAAAUGGUAUAAUGUGAAUGCAUUUUUAUAAACAAAAGCAUUUGUAUAUGUAUAAUAUAUGUAUAUACAGGUAUUUCUGAAUAAAUUUAGGAAAAAGCUGGGAAAUAUACAUACCAAACUGUAAACCUUUUGGAAGUGGGAUUAGAUUAAGGCUGAAAGGGGACUUUUGCUUUACAAAAUUUUUAAAGUGGUGUGAUUUGGGGUGAUUUUUACUUUUUUUCAGUUAUUUUUUUUAAUUAAAAAAGUUUUUAGUACUCUACAAAUGUCUUGGCUUCCAGAAUAUUUGUCAGGCCUGCUCCGAGAAUAUCAUCUAACUGUACUCAGGACAAACUCCUAUUCCUUUUAUAUACUGCUCACUUAGGAUUAACUCUUCAAUUUUAAAUAUAGUUUAAGGGGAAGAAGUAAGUUAUCCUGGUAUAACCUCUUGCACAUAUUACCCAGGGACAUAAUUCUAAGCUGGACUUUUCAGAAGAAACUUAUUCAUGUUGAGUGGAAAAUCUCACCUCUGCCCUUUACUAGACCUACAGAUCAUUAACAAUAGAGGAAAAUAAAAAUAGAGGAUGUCCCUCAACUGGUGCAUAUACAAACUGUGGUAUAUCCAUACAAUGGAAUCCUACUCAGCAAUAAAAACUAUGAUGAACUGUCAUACAUGCAACAACUUGGAUGAAUCUCAAAUGUAUUUUGCUAAGUAAAAGAAGCCAAACUCCAAAGGCUACUUACUGUUUGAUUCCAUUUAUAUAAUAUUCUGGAAAAGGCAAAACUAUAAGGAAAGAAAACAAAUCAGUGGAUGUCAGGGGUUAAAACUGGCAGACUGAUUACAAAAUGGUAACACAAAGAAUUUGCUUUAGUAAUGGAAGGUUUCUGUAUCUUGAUUAUAAGUUACUUAAGUGUAUGCAUUUGUCAAAACUCGAAUUAUAUACCGGAAAGGAUAAAUUUUACCAUAUGUAAAUUUUUAAAUAAAUGUAAUUUUUAAUGGAGAGAAGAAACAGUUUCUUAAAGUCAUUUUUAUAAAGUAUUGUUCCUAUUCUGUGGUCUUUUGAUUACAUAGAAGACUUAAAGCCACUUAGCUGCUAUUUAUUUUCUGCACACAGGUCAGCAGAAAUCACCAACUAAAAACAUCUAUACAUACACACACAAGCCUACCAUAAAAAAAAAUCAAAAGACAAACUAGAAAAUAAUUUGUCAUGCACAAAGAGCUAAUUUCCUUAAUACAAUGUAUAUAAUUUUCUUAAUGUACAAAAGUCAAUAACUCAAUAAAAAUGUGAGUGAACCAGAAAA